GCUUCCCGCAGGCACUCAUCGUGGGUGUGAAGAAGGGCGGCACGCGCGCCCUGCUGGAGUUUUUGCGCCUGCACCCUGACGUCCGCGCGCUGGGCUCCGAGCCCCACUUCUUCGACAGGUGGUACGAGCGCGGCCUCGCCUGGUACCGGAGCCUGAUGCCACGUACCCUGGACGGACAGAUCACCAUGGAGAAGACCCCCAGCUACUUUGUGACUCGUGAGGCUCCUCGCCGCAUCCAUGGCAUGUCCCCAGACAUGAAGCUGAUCGUGGUAGUGCGGAACCCCGUGACUCGGGCCAUCUCUGACUAUGCGCAGACGCUGUCCAAGACCCCAGGCCUGCCCAGCUUCCGUGCCCUGGCCUUCCGCCACGGCCUGGGCCCAGUGGACACAGCCUGGAGUGCUGUGCGCAUCGGCCUCUACGCUCAGCACCUGGACAACUGGCUGCGUUACUUUCCCCUGUCGCACUUCCUGUUUGUCAGUGGCGAGCGCCUGGUCAGUGACCCAGCUGGAGAGGUUGGCCGCGUGCAGGAUUUUCUGGGCCUCAAACGGGUUGUCACAGACAAGCACUUCUACUUCAAUGCCACCAAAGGGUUCCCUUGCCUCAAGAAGGCCCAGGGGAGCAGCCAUCCCCGCUGCUUGGGCAAGUCCAAGGGUCGGCCCCACCCCCGAGUGCCCGAGGCUUUGGUCCAGCGCCUGCGGGAUUUCUAUAGGCCCUUCAACCACAAGUUCUAUCAGAUGACCGGCCAGGACUUCGGCUGGGACUGAGAGGCCAGGCCAGCUCAUGUCCUGCCUGGGGACACUCAGUAAUCUUAAUUUAUGUCUGUUAUCUGGCUAGAGCAGGCUGUGUGCACAUUCUGGGUAGAGAGAACUAUUUAAAAAAUAAAGUUUGGAUC